CGCAAUGAAUCUAUUUCUCCAGCCAAAAAGGUCGGAAACAGCGGCAGCAGAGGCGUCCGACGAGAAAUAGGAAGAAAAGCAUGGCGGCAGAGGAGCUGAGCAACAAGCGGGUCAUCUUCAAGGACUAUGUGACCGGCUACCCCAAAGAGGAGGACAUGAUCUUGACCUCCGCCACCGUGCCGUCGAAGGUCCCCCAGGGCUCCACCGCCGUGCUCCUCAAGAACCUCUACCUCUCCUGCGACCCUUACAUGCGCGGCCGCAUGUCCAAGCCCAUCAACCACAGCUACACCGAUGCCUUCACGCCUGGCUCUGUAAUUAUUGGUUAUGGUGUAUCUAAAGUUGUCGACUCUGGACAUCCAGAUUUCAGUCCUGGAGACUUGGUAUGGGGAAUGACUGGGUGGGAAGAGUAUACUUUAGUAACUACACCAAAAGGUUUAACUAAAAUCAAAUACACAGAUGUACCACUUUCGUACUACACAGGGAUCCUGGGAAUGCCUGGCCUUACAGCUUAUGUUGGAUUUCAUGAAAUAUGUUCUCCUAAGAAAGGAGAAACAGUUUAUGUGUCAGCAGCAUCUGGAGCAGUUGGCCAACUUGUUGGCCAAUUUGCAAAGUUGAUGGGUUGCUAUGUAGUUGGAAGUGCUGGUACCAAAGAGAAGGUUGAUCUCUUGAAAGCUAAAUUUGGCUUUGAUGAUGCUUUUAACUAUAAGGAGGAGGAAGAUCUUGAUGCUGCCUUGAAAAGGUGCUUUCCUGAUGGAAUAGACAUCUACUUCGAAAAUGUUGGUGGUAAAAUGCUUGAUGCUGUGUUGUUGAACAUGAGAGUGCAUGGCCGAAUUGCUGUUUGUGGGCUGAUAUCACAAUACAAUCUCACUCAGCGAGAGGGCAUAUACAACAUGACCGCUAUCGUGACAAAGCGCAUCAAGAUGCAAGGAUUCAUCGAGCCUGAUCACAAGCACUUAUAUCCUCAGUUCCUGGAGGCGGUCAUUCAGUUUAUCAGGGACGGAAAGGUGGUUUAUGUUGAAGACAUCGCUGAAGGCAUCGAGAAAGCUCCAUCAGCACUUAUUGGCCUGUUCACAGGUCGCAAUGUUGGCAAGCAGGUAGUCCUUGUUGCACGCGACUGAUUAAUCAACAAGGUGUCGAUCUCUGUUGCUGAAGAACUGCUAGUGUGUUCUUGGGGUAUUGGUCUGUUCCACGAGUGUUUUAGUCAGAAAAUGGACAUGACUUAUGUAAACUUUUUAUGGCAAUAUCUAAAUAAAGAUGGUAAUCUUGAGAUCC